GCAUGUGGAGACCGAGGCAGAGUAAGAGUAAGAGGGAGACGAUUUGGAAGUUGCCCCCACGUUUCGUUUGCAUACUUUGUGGGUACAAACUACAUACCUCUCUGCCAUUUUCCACGAAAGAAACUUUCUCGGGAAACCCCGGUGGAAUUCGAAGAUUCCAACCUGUUAAGACAAAGUUCCAAAACGCCUACAACCGAGGGGGAGACAUGGGUAAGGAUUUAUUGAGUUUUUAAACAUUUUGGUGAUCUGGGUGGCACUGCAGUGGCCCAAACUGUAGUCACAAGGGACUGUUGUUGAUCUGAUCGUUGCUCAAAGUUUUUGGUUUCCCGGUCUGGGUUUUGUUGGUAGAAGGGUUUUCUGAAUGGGUUUUGCUUAGUCUUUUUUUUUUUUCUUCCUUGUGUAUGGGGUUUUCUGAGCUUGUCAAAUGUCAACGUUUGAGUAGGGAUUCUUGCAGAUUGGUAGCUAGGCCUGGUUUUGUUGAAUUGGGUUUUUUCUGGGGUUGUCAAAAUUGAGAAAAUUUGACUGUAUUUACUUCGUUUGCUUUGAGGAAUACCUUUUUUGGUAUUGGAUUGUGCUCUGGAAUGAUGUGGUGCUGUAUUAUUCUAAUCAUUCAAAUUUGAUAAUGGAACUGUAGUAGUACAUUGUCAUUGUUAGGGGAGAUCCAUAGGAAGAUGGCCUCCACAACCCCUUCUGCGACUUCACCAACUUCCUCUGUCACCUCGCCACCGCCACCUUCUUCCCCUUCUCCGUCGAAUUCUUCAACUUCACCACCUCCUACAGUAUCUACGCCUACUCAGACUACUGACACCCCACCGCCUUCAAGCCCUUCAACUCCACCUCCUAAGUCUCCUCCACCGGCAGUCCCUGCCGCUCCUCCUCCAUCCCCGCCAGCUUCACCACCGCCAGCUUCAACACCACCUCCAACCUCACCGCCACCUUCACCACCGCCAUCGCCACCUGCAUCGCCACCACCAUCACCGCCAGCAUCACCCCCACCGUCUGCCCCUCCGCCAGCAUCACCCCCUCCAGUUUCAUCGCCACCACCACCAUCAGGAGGUUCUCCUCCGCAAGCAUCCCCUACGCCUCCGGUGGCAUCCCCACCUCCCCCUCAAGCCAUUCCACCAACUGCAUCUUCACCUCCUCCGCCCAAUGUCACAACACCGUCUUCCCCGCCACCAGUGCCAAAGUCGCCAACAAGUUCUCCUCCACCUCCUAUACGUACACCUCCUCCAUCUGUAUCUGCUUCUCCACCCCCUACGAGCUCUGCCCCAAAUAACACAACGGCAUCACCUCCUCCUUCAGUUCCCUCAUCCUCUUCACCUCCCGCUAUUCCGAGUAAUUCACCGGCAGCUGGAAGUCCCAGUAACUCAACAGGUUCUCCUUCUACCAAGGUAUCAGCAAAUGAAACAUCUACAAAUACAGGUGGGUUAGGCACGGGAGGAUCUGUGGCAAUUGGCCUUGUGGUUGGGGUUAUAGUGAUUAGUCUUUUGGGGAUGGCUCUGUGCUUCGUACAGAAACGUAAGAAAAGGCGAACUGGAAGGAAUUAUGGGUAUCCCGUACCUUCUCCAUUUGCCUCCUCCCAGAAUUCAGAUUCAUUAUUUCUAAAGCCCUAUUCUCCAACUCCCCUAGUAAGAGAUGGUUCUGGUAGUGAAUUUAUGUAUACACCAUCAGAGCCAGGCGGUGUAAGCAAUUCAAGGUCAUGGUUCACUUAUGAAGAACUAAUACAGGCCACAAAUGGAUUCUCAACACAGAAUCUUUUGGGUGAAGGUGGAUUUGGUUGUGUGUACAAAGGUGUCCUCACAGAUGGAAGAGACGUAGCUGUUAAACAGUUGAAAAUUGGUGGUGGACAGGGAGAGCGUGAGUUCAGAGCAGAAGUCGAGAUAAUUAGCAGAAUACACCAUCGCCAUUUGGUCUCCCUGGUGGGUUACUGUAUAUCUGAGCGUCAAAGAUUACUUGUCUACGAAUUCGUCCAAAAUGACACUCUUCAUCGUCAUCUCCAUGGUGAGGGCCAGCCUGUUAUGGAUUGGGCAACCCGACUGAAGGUUGCUGUUGGUUCAGCUCGAGGACUAGCUUACUUACAUGAAGACUGCCAUCCCCGCAUCAUUCAUAGGGACAUUAAAUCAUCAAACAUCCUUCUUAAUACCAACUUUGAAGCUCGGGUUGCAGAUUUUGGGCUUGCAAAAUUAGCGUUGGAUUCGAAUACUCACGUGACCACACGUGUGAUGGGAACCUUUGGUUACAUGGCUCCAGAAUAUGCAACAAGUGGCAAGUUGACCGAAAAGUCUGAUGUUUAUUCCUUUGGGGUUGUGCUUUUGGAGCUGAUUACAGGCCGCAAGCCUGUAGAUUCCUCUCAGCCAUUGGGUGAUGAGAGCCUGGUUGAAUGGGCUCGACCGUUGCUUACUGAAGCACUUGAAGACGAAGAUUUUGACAGGUUGGUAGAUCCGACGCUGGAAAAGAACUAUGUUGCAAUUGAAAUGUUUCGGAUGAUUGAGGCAGCUGCAGCUUGUGUGCGUCAUUCAGCUGCAAGGAGGCCACGAAUGAGUCUGGUGGUGAGAGCUUUAGAAACUGUAGAUGAAUUUUCAGAUCUCACCAACGGAAUGAAACCCGGGCAAAGUGAAGUAUUCGAUCCAUCACAACAAUCUGCACAAAUCAGGAUGUUUCAAAGGAUGGCUUUUGGUAGUCAAGAAUACAGUUCAGAAAUGUUCAAUCAAACACAGAGUAGCUUGAGGAGUGGAGACCAUGGGCACCGAAAAAGCCCGUCAUCAGUAAAUACGUCUGGCGUAUGGAGCAAUUGAGAUGAAUUUUUGGCUUACUAUGGUACCCUGGGUUGAAUUCAUGCUUGAAAGGAUUAGGUUUUGUUCAUCUUGGGAUGAAAUUUGUGGCCCAUGAUAACCUUGGAACAGGUGCUGCUGCUCGUUUCAUGUAAAUCUUAUGCAUAUAAUUUGCUCUAGUUUUUUUUUUUUUUUCUUGGCUAACAUGAUUUUGUUAGUGAGGAUGCUUGAUUUUGUAUUCUUUUUUACAUAUAGGUACUUGAUGCAGCGUUCCAUUGUAUUCUUUUUAUUGAUUUGAUAUAUAAGUUCUCCCUUUCCUGGAA